UUUUGUCGUUUUAAAUUACUUGACAUCGCCAUUUUGUCCCGAGUUUCUUCCUGAAGUUUUCAAGAUUCCACUAAUCUCGUCCGACUUGUGAAUUGAACUAAACCGACAUGGGGGCCUGUUUAGCUCUGGGUUCCCUUGCCAGUUGUGCGUCAUGUUUGUGUGGCUCGGCCUCCUGCAUCCUGUCGUCAUGCUGCCCGACAACCACCAACUCCACGGUGAGCCGGCUGGCCUUCUCCUUCCUGCUGCUGCUGGGGACGCUGGUGUCCAUCAUAAUGAUUCUCCCCGGCAUGGAGGAGCAUCUAAAAAAGAUUCCAGGUUUCUGUCUUGGCGGGACAUCCAUACCCGGCAUAGAAAACACGGUGAACUGUGACAUCAUCGUCGGCUACAAGUCGGUGUACCGCAUCUGCUUCGCCAUGACCUGCUUCUUCUUCCUGUUCGUCCUCCUCAUGAUCCUAGUGCGCAGCAGCAAGGACCCCCGAGCCGCCGUCCAAAACGGUUUCUGGUUCUUCAAGUUGCUGCUGUUAAUUGGCAUAACAGUGGGAGCUUUCUUCAUUCCAGAUGGCAUCUUUAACACAGUGUGGUAUUACUUUGGCAUGGUGGGGUCCUUCUUUUUCAUCACCAUCCAGCUCAUUCUGCUGGUGGACUUCGCCCAUUCCUGGAACCAGUCCUGGGUGGACAAGGCCGAAAAUGGAAACUCCAAAUUCUGGUUGGGCGCCCUGCUGACCAUCACCCUCAUCUUCUACGCCUUGGCUUUCACCUGUGUUGUGCUUUUCUACGUGUUUUAUACACAACCCGACGACUGCACCGAGCACAAGGUCUUCAUCAGCCUCAACUUCAUAUUCUGCGUCAUCGUGUCCAUUGUGGCCAUUCUGCCCAAAGUCCAGGAAGCUAACCGCUACUCAGGCCUCCUGCAGGCCUCCUUCAUCUCCCUUUACACCAUGUACAUCACCUGGUCGGCCAUGAGCAACAAUCCCAACCGGCAGUGUAACCCCAGCCUGCUGGGUUUGGUCCAGCCCGCCGAUGCAACACCAGCACCGGGACCCGCUCCGACCAAGGCCCCCACCACCACGCAGUGGUGGGACGCGCAGGGCAUCGUGGGAUUGAUCAUUUUCCUGUUCUGUACCCUUCUAGCCAGCAUCCGCACCUCCAACAACGCUCAGGUGAACAAGCUGCUGCAGACCGAGGGGGGCCAGGAGCCCAUCGUCGAAUACGGGACGGCGGGGGGGGAGGAUGGGGUCCGACGGGCCGUGGACAACGAAGAGGAGGGAGUCACCUACAACUACUCCUUCUUCCACUUCAGCCUGUGUCUGGCCUCCCUCUACAUCAUGAUGACUCUCACCAACUGGUACCAUCCCGACACCGACUACCAGGUCAUGCAGAGCACCAUGCCGGCCGUGUGGACGAAGAUGGCGUCCAGCUGGUUCGCCUUGGGCAUCUACCUCUGGACCCUGGUGGCGCCGCUGGUGUGCUCCGGCAGAGACUUCAGCUGAAAGCACCUUUAGUUUUUAUAAGAAAACCCGCUUAUGCUUUAAAAUGUAUUUGUGCCUUUAACUCCACAUUUACAAUUUGAGAUGCUUCGUUUUUCCUAAAUGUUGAUUUCUGGGGCUUCGAGUUGAAACAAGCAUCAGCUUUUGUGAGUUUAUUUUCAAUCAACCGUUUUCCAACCUCAGGUCAUUUGAUAUCGUUCACUGUUACAAAUAUUAACAUUUUAGAGCAACGUUCCCAUUUAUGUAUGACAAGACAAAAUGCACCUUAAAUGGUCUCUUUGGGGAAUUGAUGUUUUGGCUUUGCUACACUACAUUUUUUGAGCGGUUUAUGCUUCUUUCAUCGGUUUGAUAUUACUGAAGGAUGUUGUACAGAUUUCUAUUCUUUUUUUUAUGAUACAGCUUUGCCAAAUUCUAUAACAACCACGCCUUAUUUUCUUUGCACAGAAUUACGCAUUUUGAAAACAAUUGAAGUGUAACGAUGCGUCCUGAAUGUACUACGUGUGUUUACCUUUCAUUUUAAUCAAUAAAGUUGACCUUCUGUUUAA